AGUGUAAAUAAGGUGCCUUACCUUGCAAUGGGGUCUGGUGAUCUGGCUGCUCUUGGGAUCCUAGAGGAUGGAUUUAAACCUGACCUGGAGCUGGACAAGGCGAAGGAGCUGGUGCGUACUGCCAUCCACUCAGGAAUCAUGAGUGACCUCGGCUCAGGCAACAACAUCGACAUCUGUGUCAUCACCAGACAAGGAGUGGACUACAUCAGACCCUACCAGGAGUCAGAGUACAAAGACAGCAGGAAAAUAAAAUACAAAUAUCGUCCAGGCACAACACCGGUUCUGACAGAGAAAGUUGUCCCCCUAAAGCUGGAGGUUGUACAAGAGGCCGUGCAGCAGAUGGAUACAGCCUGAGCCAUGACGCACAAUCAAAACAAUGUUUAUCAGUAAAAGUAAAGUCUUAAAUUUCAUUAGACUAUCAUCGUGGCUUCUGCUCUGCUGCUAUGAUUCACUGUGAUGUGGAACAGUUCAAAAAACUCUGCUACUGCUGGGGUUACUGCAGCAGAGUAAGCAGGGAGACUGGCCAUAAUGAGAAGAUUCUAACAUGCUUUUACAAUGUGUAAUAUUAAUUAAACAAACACUGAAUAAAAUGUGCCUAUAUUUACACACUA